AUGGCAGCAAACCCUUCAGGACAAGGUUUUCAAAACAAAAAUAGAGUUGCAAUCUUGGCAGAACUGGACAAAGAAAAAAGAAAAUUACUAAUGCAGAACCAAUCUUCAACAAAUCAUCCUGGAGCUAGCAUUGCGCUCUCGAGACCCGCUCUCAACAAGGACUUCCGGGACCACGCUGAGCAGCAGCAUAUUGCAGCCCAGCAGAAGGCAGCUUUGCAGCAUGCACAUGCACAUUCAUCAGGAUACUUCAUAACUCAAGAUUCUGCAUUUGGGAAUCUCAUUCUUCCUGUUUUACCUCGCCUUGACCCAGAAUGA